UGAGUACACCGUUUCGUCGAAGCGUUAACCGUCUGUUUGGUUUUAUCAAUGUAUAGUUUGGACGCUCAAUGUUUGCACAAGUUUUAAGCACCAUUAAGUGUAUUCUGAAGCCUUAAGUUAAAUAUGGCUAAAGCAACGCGACAAAUGCGUCAAAAUGAGGAACAUUACGUUGCCAAGAUGAACUUCCGAAGUGAGAAGAUUCUACAAAGUCAAAUUGAGCGCUUGAACAGAGAGAAAUUACUGCAAGUGAAGAGUUUAAACGCUCAAAUGAGGACAUACGAGAGAAAAUUACAGAAGAUUAACGAAAGAGCUGCCGAGGUGGAAAAACUUUCGCAGAACAUAGAUCCGUCUCAGCGUCUUUCAACGAGAGACCACUUCAACAAACUGAGCAACGAUGCCGUAAGGCAAAGACACUUUUCUACAGGUGUGGGUUAUUCGUACAUUGAUCAGCUGUUAGGAGCAUCAAAACCACUCGUCAAUAGACCGAUAAGAUGGGGAAUAAACCCAUCUUUACCAAGUCUUGAACAACAAACUGCUAAACCGAUUACUGUCGAGUCAGAUACUGUCUUAGCGAAAGCAUUUAUGACGGAGAUUAAAGGUCAUCCUAUUUAUCUUCGACCGAGGGAAGCUGCGUACAUGAAAAAACAAAAGUCGGUUCCAUCUGCUUUAAUUCUGCCUCCCCUUCCAUUAAAACCCUGCGGGAAAGAGACUAUGGAACAACAGUCAAUAGAACAACGCAGAAAACCGCGAGAUUACGAAUUACAGGAGAAAGCUGAAAACAUUGCUUCGCUUGAUAAUCAAGACGCAAAUUCACAACUUUCUCCAAUCCUUGAAAACGAAAUUGAGGCAGAUAUUUCUGAAAUGAAACGAUGUGAUAGUAAAUUAGCUCCGGACGAAAAUGAACCAAUCGAUCACAUUUCCAAUACUGAAGGAAUGACGAAAGCAAAAGGAUCCCUUGCAAUGGAGAAACCUGAGAUUGUUAUAGAGAGCAACGAGGCUUUAUCUUUGGAUAAGGAAAUAGCGAGCGAUGUUAGCAGUUCAUCUUCACUGCGUGGACAUUUUAUCACGGAAUACGAAUUCCCAUCCCAUCAAAGAGCUGAUCAUUUUACCAGAAGCACUGAGACGUUGAAUGUUCAAACAGGUGAAAUUACAAAACCUCACAACGAAAACGAACCAAGCUCUUUCAAGUACCAACUACACUCCCGCAGAUUUUCAUUAUGAGCAACAACUUGUAACAAAGAAACACAUUUUAUGUGUAAGACUUCUAAAAUUUUAAUCGCUGUUUGAGAAUCUAUUAAUU